AGCCGUCGAUCCAAGUAGCGGAAACUCGUCUUCCGACCCCCGGUGUGGAAAAGUGGCCGUGGAAAGAAGGGCAGCGAUGCCAGUCUCGUGGGACAGCUUCUCCUCCCCGCUGCCUCCCAUCCCGGAGCAGAGGGAGAACCCGCCCGCCUUCGCCUGGGAGAAGGAGAGCGCCUACCAAGGGGCCGCCGGCCGCAGCGCCCGGCUGGAGAGUUCCGACUGCGAGUCCCUGGAUAGCAGCUUGAGCUCCGAAGCGGAUGCCCAGGAAUAUCUCGAUGAAGUGUCCUUGCCAGACUUUGACUUGUUAAAUGAUCCGGAGGAUGAGCUCCUGUGUGCCAAUCUCAUGAAGCUAAUCCAAGUCAGUCUGAAUAAAGCAAAGAUCAACUCCAACCGCUCCUCCAGGCUCCUCAUGCCAAGCCAGCUGAUCGCCCAAGUUGGCAAGGAGCUCCUCCACUUGGCCUAUAGGGAGCCCUGUGGCUUGAGGGGGGCCCUCAUCGACUUGUGCGUGGAACAAGGGAAGGGUUGCCACAGUGUGGGGCAGAUUGCUGUGGACCCCGGCCUGGUGCCUACCUUCCAGCUGACACUCGUUCUAAGACUGGAUUCCCGCCUCUGGCCUAAAAUCCAGGGACUCUUUAGCUCCGGCUCUGCUUUUUCUCCAGGCUUCAGCCAAUCGCUGAAGCUCAGCACUGGCUUCAGGGUCAUUAAAAAGAAACUGUAUAGCUCUGAGCAGUUGCUCAUAGAAGAGUGCUGAGAAGCGUCUCCUGGUUGGAAUCAAAACUGAGCAUUUACUCUCCUAAAGAUAAUGGCCAGCACCUGUCCAAAGCGGGGAGGCGUGUUUAAAGGGCUGUGGAACACAAGCCGUUUCCAAGACGCGGCUGUCCUCUCGAGCCACCGUAGGUUAGAUUUAGAUGGAAGUUUGACUUAACAAGUGAUACUAGGCAGGUAGUCCAAAGAGGAGGAGGAGGAGGAGGAAGGCAAGGCUUGAAAAUAAAAACAACAACAACAGCACUCUGCUUUUUUGUAACUGACAAAAAAAGCCCCCUGGAAACAAUGUGCUAGCUUUAAAAAAAUCCUUGUCUGACACGUGGGACAACUUUAGCAGUAUUUUUUUUCCCUGGCAGCUGAUGACAUAACAGCAGCAGGGCUGCCACUAAGGAUAGAUGAAGGUUGCCUGCUUUUUUGUGAUAAACUUUUCUUUUUUUUAGAAAUCGGGGAAAACUUAGAUAGUAAUCAAUGGAUAUCUGGUGAGUGGUGAGGUGCAUGGACAAUUGUUUAUAUGUGUUUUAAGGUCUAAAGGGACCCAAGAAUGUGUUGCAUUGCUUUGAACAGAAGGGCAUGAAGAAGCUCCACUUCUGACACACUAGGGCAGCUAAAUAUAAGGACUUCUGAAUGAAUGGGGGUGUUAAAUCCACCAUGCAUCAUUUACGCAGCUCUGUUCAUGUUUAUUUUUUUCCUGAAUGAGACCAGCGUGGGAGGCACAGGGCACAUGAGGUGGAGUGUGCUCUGUCAUGGUUAGGUGUCCUGGUGAUGUAUGUUUGAGGAAGGUGUGAGGUGAUGCUGGGCUGGGGUUGGGUGGGGGGGGCAGGAACCCUCGCAGUCUGUCUGUAGUGCUUCCAUUGGUUACAGUUCACAUGGAAUACACUUGAUGUUCAAGUUUUUGAAGACUCCUAUGCAACUGUUGGUUUUUUUACUUUUCUAAUAAAAACAUUUCUAAUAAU